AUGCAAACAAAGACUGACAUCGGCGAAACUGAUUUCACAUUUCCUAACUGCCAACAAACAACUCACAGUUGCAUUCACAGUGCCAGUACAUUCAGUCAUGUUGGAUCCGAAAUGUUCCAGCUUCCUUAUCUUUCUGAUGAACCGCCUGGUCCAGUAUUUCACCUCCGAGGCUAUGGACGUAAGGAGAUUACCCGUGUCCGUAUCAGGCGUCCCAUGAAUGCCUUCAUGGUUUGGGCCAAAGAUGAGAGGAAAAGGCUAGCGGUAGCCAACCCUGAUAUCCACAACGCUGAACUCAGUAAAAUCCUUG